UUUCAGAGGUGUGUAGCAUUGUGGCUGUUGAGUAUAUUGUAGCAGCUCUAAUGACUCUUUUUGCCUCUAUUUGUACACAUUAAGCCCUGAAAAUACUCCGUGACUUUUGUCUCAGCUUUUCGGUCUCAUCUCCAGCUCCCGAACUACACUAGAGUUAGCUUAGCAUGCUAGCUUAGCAUGCUAACUGCAGAACAGAAAGUCUGUUUGAUGGAGGCCAAAUCGAGUUUCUAACUUUGGCUUCCGAAGAGGUCUGUGAACUGUUUGUUACAACGAUAGCGGGUAGAAACCCGGCCGAUCCAGAGAGAAGAAGGAGACACGACGGAAAACACUGGAUGAUGUUUUCAACCCUCAGCUUCCAACAGAUAUCCAGCAGCUGCUGAUGAGCCAAGAACUUUCUAGUCUGGACCAGGAGGACACUGAGCCCCCACUCAUUAAAGAGGUACAAGAGGAGCUGUGGAGCAGUUAGGAGGGAGAGAUGCUUCAAGGGCUGGAGGAGAAUGACAACACCAGGAACUCAGAUCCAGAGAGACAUUUACAGUCAGAGACUAGAGGCAUGAUUGAGGGCUUCUCUGGAGCUGAAACUGAUGACAAUUAUGGUUUGAGGGAGACCAGAGAACAACAGUCAGGUUCUAAAAAUGAGAGACCAAAGACUGAUGAGACAUCACAUGAGUGCCCUGAUUGUGGUAAAACAUUUAAACAGAAAACGGAUCUGACUAGGCAUAUAAGAAUCCACACAGGAGAGAAACCCUUUACUUGCUUUGAGUGUGGAAGAAGCUUUAAUGAAAAGGGAACUCUGACCAAACACAUGUUGGUACACACACAGGAAAAGCCCUUCAGCUGCUCUUAUUGCAGUAAAAGAUUUAAUCAUAAAUCUAAUCUGAAAUGUCAUAUGUCACGCCACAGAGGGGAAACACCGUUCAGUUGCUCUGUUUGUGAGAAGAGAUUUGUCCGAAAAUCCAGCCUGACAUCACACAUGUUGGUUCACACAGGAGAGAAACCCUUUUGCUGCUCUUUUUGCAGUAAAAGAUUUAAUCAGAAGGCUAAUCUGAAACUUCACCUGGCACAUCACAGAGGAGAGAAACUCUACAGUUGCAGUGUUUGUCAACAAAGAUUCUCUUGGCAUUGUCAGUUAAAAAGCCACAAAUGUAAUGGAGGUCAAACUUCAGAGCUUCAUCAAAACCAAAGUCAGGAGAACAGAGAAUCAAAAAUGGGAGCUAAAGAGGAAAAAGAGGAACUGUGUCGCAGUCAGAAAGGAGAUCAGCUUCAUGGACGGAAAGAAGCUGAUAACACCAUGUUCCCCCUCAGUUCUGUUUCUGUGAAGAGAGAAGAUGAUGAAAAGAAACAUCAGUUUUCAAAGCUUCAUCAGAGACAAAUCAGACAGAUAACAACAGGAGCUUUUGGAAAGGACUGUAGAGGAGCAGAAGCAGCCAGGAACUCAGAUCCAGAAAGACAUUUAGAUCUCAAAACCGAUGAUGAUGGAGAGACCAAACAGUCUGUUUUAACUGAUGACAGUAUUGAUAGUGAUUUUUGGAAAAAGAGGAGGCUACACCAUUCAGGUUUCACUUAUCAGAGAAAGAAAACAGCCUCAGUAAAUAAUGGAUGUGAUCUUGUUAAGAAUGCAACUUUCUAUUUUCAUAAUGUUGCUCAAUCUGACCCCAGGAAAAACCAUCAUCUUAACAUUGAUUUAUGCAACAAUCAGAAGCAUCUUCAGUCAGAUCCAAACUUUAUGAAACAAAAGGAAAUGUCUGAAAGCUGUGCAGAGAAUCCCUCCCCUGGCUUGCUGGUGCCUCAUGAAGAAAGCUCUCAGUCCUCACAGCUUUAUCAGAAACAAACUGAACAGAUGGAAACAGGAGCUGGUGGAGAGAACUGUGGAGAAGCAGAACCAGCAAGGAGCUCAGAUCCAGAGGGACAUUUACAACCAGAGUCUGAGUUUAAGACUGAAGACUCUUGUGGACAUGAGACUGACAAUAGUCUUGAACGGAAGGAGACAAGAGAAGACAAACUUUCAAGUCCUCAAGCAUCUGAGAACCAUUUCACAAGAAAAGGAAGACUGGACCAGCAUGCGAUAGUCUAUAAAGAGGCACAAAGAGGGGCAAAGCAGGAAGAUGCAGAGCCUCCACUUAUUAAGGAAGAACAGGAGGAAAUCAGCAUCAACCAGUCUGAUUGCACCUUAUUCCCCUUCACUCCUGUCUCUGUUAAGACUGACGAUGAUGAAGAGAAACCUCAGUCCUCACAGCUUCAUCAAAGUCAAAGUGAGCAGAUUGAAACAGGAGCUGAUGGAGAGGACUUUGGAGGAGCAGAACCAGCCAGAAACUCAGAUCCAGAGAGACAUUUCCAAUCAGAGCCUGGGGUCAAGACUGAAGACUGUGCUGGAACUGAUGAUAGUGUUGGCAGUGAUUUUUGGACAGAGAUCAGAGAACGCCGGCCAAACCUCAGUAAUAAACAUUUAAAUGAAGGGAAACAUGGGAGAUUUCACACAGAAGAGAAACCCUUCAGCCCUUCUGAUAAUGAGACUGAUGAUAGUGAAGACUGGAAGGAGUCUGGAAAACAUCACUCAGGUUUAAACUUGGUGGAAAAAAUGCAAAAUAAGAGACCGAUAACUGAGAAGAAAUCAUACAGCUGUACUGAGUGUGGCAAAAUAUUAAAAAGGAAGUAUAAUCUGCUGCAGCACCUGAGAAUUCACACAGGAGAGAAACCCUUUAGCUGUGCUGAGUGUGGUAAAAGAUUUAAUGAGCAAGGAAAUCUGACUCGACAUAUGAAUAUUCACAAAGAAGAAAAGCCCUUCAGCUGUUCUAAUUGUAGUAAAAGAUUUUACGAUAAAUCUAAUCUUAUCAGACACAUGGUGAUUCACAGAGAAGAGAAACCCUUUGGCUGCUCUGUUUGUAAUAAAAGAUUUAAACUUAAAAUAAUUUUGAAAACACACAUGUCAGUUCACAGAGGAGAGAAACCUUUUUGUUGCUCUGAGUGUGGUAAAAAGUUUCAACGUAAGGGAAAUCUGGCCCAGCAUAUGUUGAUCCACAAAGGAAUAAAACCCUUCAGGUGUCCUUUUUGCAGUAAAGUAUUUAACAGAAAAGGAAGUCUAAAAACACAUGUGUUAGUUCAUACAGGAGAAGAACCCUUUAGCUGCUCUGAGUGUGGCAAGACUUUCAAACAAAAAACAUGUCUGACCUCGCAUAUAUUCCUUCACAAUGGAGAGAAACCGUUCAACUGCUCUGUGUGCUUUAAAAAAUUUACCCAAAAAGGAAGUCUGACCAGGCACAUGUUACUUCAUACAGGAGAGGAACCCUUCAGUUGCUCUGAGUGUGGUAAAAAAUUUAAUCAAAAAGCAUGUCUGACUAGACAUUUGCUUGUCCACAAAGGAGAGAAACCUUUUAGCUGCUCCAAGUGCAGUAGAAGUUUUAAGCGUAAAGGGGGUCUGACAAGACAUAUGUCACUUCACACAGGAGAGGAACCCUUUAACUGCUCUGAGUGUGGUAAAGGAUUUUACCAUCAGUCAAAUUUGGUCAGACAUAUGUUAGUUCACAGAGAAGAAAAACCCUUCAGCUGCUUUGAGUGCGGUAAAGGUUUUAACCAAAAGGGAACUCUGACCAGACACAUGUUGAUUCACAAAAAAGAGAAACUUAAAAGCAGCUCUGUUUCUAGAGAAAAAUGUUCUUUUUCUGACAAGUUAGAAGCAAAAAAUGUGUCAGAGGUCAGACUUCAGAGGCUCAUUAAAACCAAACAGAGGCGGAAAGAAAAGUAGAAAUAGGGGCUAAUAGAGAGGACUGUGGAGGAAAAGACUGAGCCAGGAACUUGGAUCCAGAGAGACAUUUUCAGCCAGAGACUGAGGAUAAGGCCCCUUCCCCUUUUUAGACCACGAGACACUGAACAAAGACCGACGGUCACUAAACCUUUGCUCCUUUGUUUGAAUUCUCAACCAUGCAGUAUUAAAGUAUCAGUUUGUAUCAGUUUACAUUGUAUUAAAAU